GUUGGUGUGUGGCAGGAGAGUCAGCUCUCCACCUGUCCUGGAGAUGGGGGAUCCAGAGCCUCCAGAGUUUGGGUCCCUGAAGGAGGAGCUGGAGUACUGGAAGGAGCAGGCUGCCAAGCACCAACAGAGUGCGGAGGAAGCUCAGGAGGAGCUGCAGGAAUUUCAGCAGAUGAGCCGGGACUACGAGGGGGAGCUGGAGACGGAGCUGAAACAAUGUGAGGCGCGAAAUCGUGAGCUCCUAUCUGCAAACAACCGCCUUCGCAUGGAACUGGAAAACUACAAGGACAAGUAUGAGACGCAGCACUCUGAGGCCUGCCGGCAGAUCUCCAGCCUGGAGGGGGACCUGGCUGAGACCACGGCCAUCAGAGACCAUCUUCACAAAUACAUCAGAGAACUGGAGCAAGCCAACGAUGACCUGGAGAGAACCAAGAGGGCGACCAUCAUGUCACUGGAGGACUUUGAGCAAAGGAUGAACCAGGUCAUAGAGAGAAAUGCCUUCCUAGAGAGCGAGCUGGACGAGAAGGAAAAUCUCUUAGAGUCCGUCCAGAGACUGAAGGACGAAGCCAGAGACUUGAGGCAGGAACUGGCGGUGCAGCAGAAACAGCAGGUACAGGACAGGAAGCCGUCCCUCAGCAGUGUCGUCAAAGACCCUUCAUCAUCUUCCUCCUCCUCCUCGGCUGGGCUGCCCACCCCACCUCUCACCCCUCCAGAUAAAAGAAACGAGGAGAAAACCACGUCUUCGUCCACUAACCAGCCCAUCCCCUCCACCACCACACCGUCCAGACCUCCAGCCCCCGCUGAGUCUCUCACCACCCCGCCCCCCUCCAUCAGCAGAGCUGAAAGCCUCUCAGGGACUCCUCUCACCACCUCGGCCAGAAUCUCUGCUUUGAACAUCGUCGGAGAGCUGCUGAGGAAAGUCGGGAACCUGGAGUCCAAACUGGCAUCGUGUCGAGACUACGUCAACGAGCAGGCAGCUCAUCGCAGAGGUCACGCUGGCGGACAGGGGGCGCCGCCAGGCCAGAACAUCUCCUCAGAGACCCAUCCUACCAACGGCCUCUGCAACAAGGGGCUGGUGAAGAGGUUAGACUUCGGAGCGGGACCCAAGCUGCUGCUGUGAAGGCAAAACCAUCGUCCUCCUCGAUCUUUAAUCCUCUGAGCUGCUCGGCCCCUUCCUGUCCAUCCGGCCCGGACCUCUUAAACAUUUAACGGUACUGUGUUUUGCACAUCAGGCAGGUGGUUUCACACCACCUGCCGUCUCUUCAGGACAUGGACCGCUCUGAUAGGAAGCUGCAGUGAUGAAAUGGAUGGAUAUGUUAAUGUGGAUACUCUGGGAUUUCUGUGACCAGCUCAGAUCUUUUCAGCACUCGCACUUAGCUUGAACUAACUCACUGGACUGGUGCUGCAUGUCACCUGUUUGGAUUUGACAAGUACUUUGCGCUUUUUUUGUGUCCCUCUGAAGGUGUGUUCAGACUGAAUGCAAAGUGAGUUUCACAGACAAACAGAGUUGAUGAAAAGACUCAAACAGAUGCAGGUUUGCUCUUGGCAAAGAGACAAAGAUCCAUCCACUCAAACUGAACAUGGUUUGUCAUCGUAAAUCUGUGCUGCUUAGCGCCCCCCCCCCCGUCAUGGAGGAAAGAAACAUGAGAUUUUAAUACUCUUGUUUACACGUAGCCACACACACAGACAGGUGACGGAUUAAAGGAAAAAUCUACAUAAAGUAUCUCAGUAAGGUGUUGUUCCACCCUGAGCCACCAGAACAGCUUCAGGGUAUUUUGGAAUUGAUUUUCCAACUCUCCGAGCUCUACUGGAGGAUGAACACCAUUCAUCACAUAUUCCCCUCGUGUGGCGUUUUGAUGAUGGUGGUGUAGAGCGCUGUCUGACACGUCAGUGUAAAAUCUCCCAUAGGUGUUCAGCUUGGUUGAGAUGUGGUGACUGUGAAGGUCACAUAAUUCUCACACUAAUCAAACCAUCAGUGACCCCUCAUGCCCUCUGAAUGGAGAGACUGUUGGUGGACAGUGGACAAAUCUUGUUUAUGGGUUUGCUUCAUUUUCAAAACGUGAGAGUGGAGCAGGUGAUGAUGUGCCCUUUUUUUUUUUUUUUCUAUGAACACCGCAGCGCUACGAUUCAAGAGGCAUUCAGUGCACAAUGUGACAUGCCUCAGUUGGAUUUUAAUACAAGCCCAAACAGUGUGACCGACAGUAAACCUGUACCAUCUUUGUUAUCACACAGUCUGAAGGCGUCUUACAUGUAAAUGGGGUCAGUGAGUCUGAUUGUUUCUUUUAUUUUCCUCCAGACUUCCUAGCUGAGCUGUAGCAUCGCAUCGCAUCACAACACACACACACACACACACACACACACACACACACACACACACACACACACACACACACACACACACUGGUCCUGUUGUCUGUUCAUUGUUAGACUCAGUUUGCUAAAACAAACAAACAAAUGAGCUUUUCGUUCAGUCUGAACAACCUUGAGGGCGUUUGAGAAAUAAAUACUGGAGCGGCACUUUUAUCUACGUCAGAUGUCGUUUAAAUACUUUAAAACUUUUUGUCCAUAUAAUUUAUGCUGUUAUGCCUCCACAGUCACAUUUGUUGAAUGAGUUGCUGAUGAAACUCCACCAACAACAAAGUGUGAGGAGUCCUUGAGUGACUGAAAAAGAGAAUGACAGUCUCUUUUUAAGCUAAUGUUUUAGUACAGGAAACAUUAUAAAUCAAAUGUUUUUUUUACAGAUUAAUUAGUUUCCAAACCGUAGGCUGCAGAAGAACGCAGACUCUGAAUCUGUGUUGUCACCUAAAUUUCUGAUUUGAAGUGUGGAGUCUGGAUUCACUGCUCGCAGCUUCCGAGGGAAGAAAACUCUAAUAUGAUCUAAGGGAAAAAGACGUGUUGAGCUCACCUGGGAUAAGAAAGUAAUAAACACCGUGGCUGAAUGUGAUUGGCCGAGACUAACUGUACCUCUCUGUAAGCCUUAAUGUUUUAAUGGAACACUGUUUUUAUCUCUGUGGCAAACGUUCAGUUGGUUAUUUAUGGGAAUAAUGUUGUGUGGAAAACCUUUAUUUUGCCUUUCAAAAGAGAAACUGUUGAAAGAUUUUCUGAACCUGGUGGUCAUCAGUGGUUCUGCAUCUUAAAGCUGCCGUAUUUAAUGUUUUUAUAACUGUGUAUGGUUCAUGUUUUCUUCCAUGUGCCUGAUGGAAACAGGAUUUUUACUACAGAUUGUCAACAUUUUAGCUUUUUCCCAGUUUGCAGUGAAGUUGUCAUUUGGGUUAUUUGGCCCCAAUCGUGAUCCGAGUUUUUUGAUAUUGAGUAUUUUUGGAUACUGAGUCCAAACUGAUAUUUAAAUGUACCUAAAUUACACAGGUGUUCAGUUCACUCAAGCUACAACCUGAAAAUGAGACAAGAUGAAGCUUAAUUUAUCCCAAAAGUAAAAUGAUGCUCAGUGCACAUAGUAAAAACAAUUCAAAUGUUAUCAGGAGAAGAUCAACAGCGAUGAUUAAAUUUGUAACCGGCACACUUCACUUCAGAGCUCCGCUUCAGACCGGAGACCCUGCAGAGCUCCGCUUCAGACCGGAGACUCUGCAGAGCUCCGCUUCAGACCGGAGACCCUGCAGAGCUCUGCAUCUGUCUUUCCAGGAGUGAAACUGCUAAACUCCUGUUAAUGAGGAGAUAUGAAACUUCAGUGAAGGCUACGUGUGUUUUAUGUUAAAAAGAGAAAAGUAUGUAAUAGAUUGACUCAUAGUGAUAUAAAAUGUACCUCUGCUGUAGGGUUACUAAUGUAGGUUGAAUAUCUGUAGGUUGUGGUUCAGUUACUUGAGUCUGUGGACAGGACUGACUGACAAGUAGAUGCUCAGGUGUAACAGACAGGACCUUCAAAGUAAAGGUCAGUGUGUGGAAACAGGUGGAAAAUGGUUGGAUAUUUUUAUUUUUAUUUUUUUGCCUUAUGUGAUCUCAAAGUACUUACUCAUAUAUGAAGUGCUCAGACCUGUUCUGUUGUUUGUUGUUUUUACCUUCAGUGCUGCUUAUGAUGCUUCUCAAAAAGCAAUAAAACUUGAAAUGAAAAUUAAA